GAGCUCCUGCCUGAGUGUCACCUCUCUCAGUACUGGUGUCCUCGAACGGCUUCUCUUCCUAUGCAGCAGCGUUCCGAUUGGCGGUGAUAGCCGUGUGACGUCACAGGCCACUGGCUGCUGGAACAAGGUGACUAGGAAGAACGUCUGCUGUGGUCUGUCUGUCAGAUCGGUGUAACCCGUCGCAUCGCACAGGGGGAUCGGAUCGCAUCUCAGAGACCAAGUAUGUCAUCCAAUGACUGGACACCCGGGGAAGAGGACACUGCUUCCUCAAAACUGAUCAGGAAGUCCAAGGAAUCUCCUUUCGUCCCUAUAGGGUUGGCCGGUUUCAUGGCAGUGGUGGCCUAUGGAAUUUACAGGCUGCGUAGCCGUGGGGAUGAAAAGCUGUCUGUGCAUCUCAUUCACAUGAGAGUUGGUGCCCAAGGAUUUGUUGUGGGUGCUUUGACUUUUGGUGUAUUGUACUCCAUGUACAAGGAUUACUUCAAGCCCCAGAAUAAUGACACAUCUGACAAGUGAGGAGCGCAGUAGGCGGAUACCCCCAGAGACACACAACGUCUGCGUUGACCGGUCUGGAAACUGACUUCAUGCGUGCUGGACCAACUCAUUAGUAUUAUGUUUUACAACUUGUUUUAUCCCUAGUUAAUGUCACUAUACAUGUAACUAUGCUAUACAGGAAAAUGUCUGUGUUAUAGCUAUUUCACUGUUACUAUUAUUAUUAUCCUUUAUAUUGUACCACAAGGGAUUCUGUUCUUCAUAAAUAACCAACCACUGUUAUAACAUCAUAGUCACUGGAUUUCCUGAGUGUCUAGAACUGGGGCACCUCCGGACCCCAUAGGCCCGUAUGAUGCACAUCUACUUACCACAUUAGAGGCUCUUACUCUGCUCCUCUAUGCAUACAUAGGGCCCAGCGAGAGCGGCUGGACACAACUUGCUGGGUGCCAUAGCAGCAGCAUGGGCUGUUCAGGAGGCAGUUACACCGCUGGUGUGGAGUGAAUAUGGAUAUGACUUACACUAGGCUGAUUAUUCUGCACAACACAUUGAUGUUCACUGGGAUAUGUUCCAUAUGAGAAGCAUCAGUUACUAAAUGUAGCCAGUGCCAGACUGCAAUCCUGAUCUGAUUCUGGCUUAUUCUGAGUAUUGCCCUCUAAUUCAUCUCAUUCAUCUGUGUUUUAAGGGUCGUUUCAUCUUUUCUUUUUGCUCAUAGUAAUGCAUUAAAUAAUUGUAUGUUAUUUUAUUAUUUAACAUUCCCCAGUGUGUGACAGUUCUGUCUUUUCCUUCUCUUCUGGGUGUAUAUAUACUAAACUGUAGGCUUUAGAAAUGGAGUUGUUGCCCACAGCACCAAUCAGAUUCUAGCUAUGAAUUUCUAGAAGGUUCUAGAUAAAUGAUAUGGAGUAUCUAAUUGAUUGCUAUGGGCAACAUCGCCACUUCUAAAAACCCGCACUUUAGUAAAUAUACCCUUAAGAGUUCAGUCUUUAUUCUUCUUUUCUACACUGAGAUCUCAAGUGUCUCAGAACAUAUUAGAACUUGUGUUUGUCACUGUAAUCGCUGUUAGUGGAAAGUCCUGGAACCUGUGCCUGUCUAUGUAACUGCUGUUAGUGAGCAUGCAUGGAACCUGUGCCUAUCUAUGUAGCUGAUGUUAGUGACCAUGCAUGGAGCCUUUGUGAUCGCUGUUAGUGAGAAUGCAUAGGAAUUUGCCUGUUACUGUAAUCUCUGUUAUUGCAAGGCUUAGAACCUGUGCCUGUCUAUGUAGCUCAUCUGCUGUUAGUGAGCAUGCAUGGGACCUGUGUCUGUCAUUGUAAUUGCUGUUAUUGGAAGGCUUGGAACCUGUGCCUGUCUAUGUAGCUGUUGUUAGUGAGCAUGCAUGGGACCUAUUCCUGCCGCUGCAAUUGCUGUUAGCGGGCUUGCAUAGAACCUUGCCUGCCACUGUAAUUGCUGUUAGUGGGAAGGCUUGGAACCUGUGCUUGUCACUGAAAUCGCUGUUAGUGGGCAUGCAUGGGACUUUGCGUCACCAUGCGAAAUGCAUCAUCAAGCCCCUAGACCACCCACAUCACUGGGUAAGUGAGUGGAUCUGGGAGACUGGCCUGCUUUCUUGAGGGUCUGCUGGACAUUUAAAAAAAAGUAGCUAUGUUGUUGAGCCAAGUGUCAGUAUACAACAGCCUUGACAAUGUCACAUCAAUGACGUGUACACGAUUUCAACAUGCCAUACAUAUCAGAGUUACAAAGAGAAAACACUUAUUCAGUUUGUUUUAUGUGCAAAUUGCCAGGUUCAGGAACCACAUCCAGCACUCCUCUCAUCAUAUCUCUUUUCUGAUGUAGUCAAGAAACCCAAUUUAAUCACAGCACUUAUUUUGAAAGUAUUUUACGAUGGAAUAUACAGUACACUAUAGGAAUAGUACACCCGUAGAUCAGCCCAGCCACGUACGCACUUACUGUAAUUAUAACCCCAUCUGUUUUAUGCCACCUGUCUUAUGUUAUAGCACAUUAGUGGUUUUAACCAAUCCCUGGCCUAGACUUACUAAAGCUUCUGUAAUAGACAAGUGGUGGUGUGCCCACUGCAACCAAUCAAAGUCUACCUUUCAUUUCUCUAUUACAUUCUAGAAAAUAGACCGAAUCUGAUUGGUUGCUACCACCACUUGUCUGUUUUAGAAGCUGUACCCUAUUUAUGUACUGUUUUCAUGUGUUACAUUGUUCUAAAUAGAAAAUGUAUAAUAGUGGUAAAACACUAAUCUCGUGCUGUGACCUACACCGUAAAAGCAGGAGUGGCAGUUUCCAGUAUAUACUGUAUUAUGUGAUAUACGUAUCUAACUGUAGCUCCACAGCCUGCAUUUUAUAAGUAUGUUGUGUUUGUUACUGAAUUUUAUCACUGUCCAAGCGCUGCCAUAUGGGAGUUGAUGUCUGCUUUGACACCCUGCACGUGUCUGGUUUGCUCUGUCUUUGAUGACUGUGUGGUGCCUAGAAAGCUGGUGAAGCUACUUACUGUCUGUGAGUUCUGAUGCAGUGUACAUAGAAUCAAUGCUAUGUACCAGUCACGCAGAGUGUAAUAAACUAGGGUGACCAUAUUAUCCCUUUUACCUGGGACGCUCAAGGAUUACACAAGUUCUGUGGCUGGCUGACUUCAAGCCUACAUUUCAGCUGGUUUUAGGCCCUCAUUCCGAGUUGUUCGCUCGCUAGCUGCUUUUAGCAGCAUUGCACACGCUAGGCCUCCGCCCUCUGGGAGUGUAUCUUAGCAUAGCAGAAUAGCGAACGAAAGAUUAGCAGAACUGCUCGAAAAUCUUUUCCUGCAGUUUCUUGAGUAGCUCCAGACCUACUCCUAGAUUGCGAUCACCUCAGUCCGUUUAGUUCCUGUUUUGACGUCACAAAUACGCCCUGCGUUCGGCCAGCCACUCCCCCAUUUCUCCAGACACUACCGCGUUUUUCCCUGACACGCCUGCGUUUUUUAGCACACUCCCGGAAAACGCUCAGUUACCACCCAGAAACACCCACUUCCUGUCAAUGACACACCGAUCAGCAGAGCGACUGAAAAGCGUUGCUCGCCGCUGUGUACAAUUGCUUAGUUUUGUGUGAAAUUACUUGGCGCGUGCGCCCUGCGGCCCAUACACAUGUGCAGAACAGCCGGUUUUUAGCAUGAUCGCUAUGCUACGAAAAACAGCAGCGAGCGAUCAACUCGGAAUGACCCCCUUAAAUCAGCCACAGAACCUGUGUAAUCCAUGAGCGUCCCAGGUAAAAGGGAUAAUAUGGUCACUCUAAAUAAACAACUAGGUGAGGUUCAUGUGUCUAGUGCUAUUUCAGCAGGAAACAAACUAAAUCUGAAAUAAAAUAUAGAAUUGAAUAAUA